UCGUUCAAAACAGUCUGUCGUGAAUCAUUGGGCGAAGAUGCAGAUCUGUUGUCUAUGUUAGUGCAUUCUACGACAAAGAGAUUGUAUUUUUUUUGUGAACGAAUUAAAUAAGUUGUGCAUUCGCUGUAGUUCUAAACCGUUUCGUUUAGAUUUAAGGGUCUAAUAACGAACAGUCUCAAGAAGUGAUUGUGAUCAAUUAAAAGGGGUGCAUACAAUAAAAUUGGAUAUUAUGUUGCUACGAGUUACAUGUGUUUUUGCUAUUUUAUUUUUUUGUUAUGUAUACGCAUGUGAAUUAGAUCAAACCCAACAUGGGUGUCGCAUCGAUAAUGGUCAAUGCACAUGCUCGUACGGUUGCCGCUCAGAAUUUCGAUAUGCUACUAAAAGAGAGUGUCAGGAUGCUUUAAAGGGACGAACAAGCGAUAUAUGUAGUCGAGCGCCAUGUAUGAACAAUGGUCAUUGCAUUCAGGUAUCUCAAAUGCCGGGCUAUAAAUGCCGGUGCGAGGGUACCGGCUAUUGGGGAUCGAGAUGUCAAAGAUUAUGUCCGACGGGUGAAGAAAAGGUUCAACAACCGUUUCCGGUCGAAUGCAUUGUAAUUUAAUUACUGAUUUUCGUAUCAAGAAUUCAAGUUUUGACAUAAUCUUACUUUGUUUUAAAAUUUUUUUUUUUUAUAUAUUCGUUUUGGUAUCGCUGACACUAUAUGUUUGUAGUAAGAAAUUAUAUGAUUUACAAAUUUUUAUUGUAAAUAAAAUUGGUAAAAUUU